UUUUUUUUAAAUGUACUCCAGCCAUUAGUGGUGAGGAGGGUCCAUUAAGCAGACUACAGAGCUGUAGAGCAGAUUCCCUGCUGCACAGUAAACAGCAGCCCAGCAGAAACGAAGACAGCUUCGCUGUUUACUUUGAUUUUGGACGUUUUAUUCAGACCGUCCGCUCAUCCAUCAUCUGGCCGUGGUGCAGCGUGUGUCCGCUUUCUGUCUGCUGCAGCCAUGCUGGGAACAAGAGAUCCUCUGUUCCUGACUGGUGUGAACUUGUCACCCGACUGGCCCGUCUACGAGGACAGCCUCAUCAAACUCAGCGUCUAUGAUGUGAAGGACAAGCACCACCAAAUGAGCAGUUUCCUGGGCAGUACUAGCUUCUCCGUAGCUGACCUUAUCAAGUCAAAGGACCAGCAGCUUUCUCUCAGCCUAAGGACGGCAGAUGAUUCGGCUGCUGUGGGGACGGUGGUCGUGUCUCGCCUGAAGAUGGGAGAGAUUGAGGAUGGCGGUGUGGAUCACAUUGCCAUUGAUGGACACCAGAAGUGCACUCUGGUGUGUGAGCCUCACGGGACCACAAACGACAAGGAUAACGGGCCCCUGAUGAAUGCAGUGUUCAAGAACCCGGUGUGUAAAGUGUACAGGUUUCAGACGACAGACAGCAAGUGGAUGCUGGUGAGGGAGCAGAUGGCUGAGUGCACUUUGUCCUUCAGCGUCCCCAUCCAGCUCCUCAGACUCUUCAUUCAGGAGGACAGACACAGGAUCCAGGAGCUGAACGAUCUGGGUGAGCUCUCACCACACUGGGACAACCUGAGGAGAGACGUCAUCACUCGCUAUAGCCAUCUCAUCAAAACCUACCAGGAAACACUCGCUGAGCUGGAGAAGUUCACCGGUCCUUCAUUCAAGCCAAGCUGCAGCAAGGCGCAGAAAUACCUGGAGUUCAUUCCCAUUAAUCUGCACACACAGCGCAUGAGGGUGACGUGUCCUAGGAAGACAGAUGCCUUCUACGAUGUGAUCACAGUCGGAGCUCCAGCCGCUCACUUCCAGGGCUUCAAGAACGGAGGCCUUCAGAAGCUGCUCAACCGAUAUGAAGCAGAGAAGAAGAGCUACAGCACGGCAUAUCAGUGCAUCUACUACUCUCCAGAGCACACAGCCAAAGCCAGAGAGAUCCUGAGCUUGGUGUCGCAUCUUCAGCCCCUGAUCUGCAGCUUGGCCGAGCACCUGCUCCAACAGGCCCAACAACGCUGCAGCCACAGCCUUCGGGAUGCUCUCAAGAGUCUGGAAGAAAAGACGGAGCAGUUUGUGCACUCUCUGAAGGACGAGUUGGUGAAGAACGCUCUCUUUGCGCUACACGCAGCACGACCUGGUUACAUAACCAAGAGCCAGGUUUCCAGCCAUCCCGAUACACACCUGACCCAACCGCAAACCGUGACCUCAGACGUGACCCAGAUCCGCGAUCCGAGCAUCGUCGUCUGCAACAACGUCUCCGGAUCUCAGACGCCCCCGAAAAAUGAAGCUCGCCAGCCUCUUAAACCCCAAGACCUUCCCCACCACAAGGAGUACGACGAGGAGGAAUGGGACAGGGUGUGGGCCAACGUGGCCAAAGGACUGAACUGCGUCAUCGCCAUGGUGGAUAAGCUGCAGGAGCAGGACAACAACAACCAGGAGUCUACGCCAGACCAGGCGCUCGCUGACGUCAUCACCUCCCACAGUCCAGCUGCAGACUGGAGGGAGCAGCUCAGCCCUUUGGUGGCGGUGUUGAAGGACUGUGUAAACGAGGUGGCAGACCGAGCGAGCAAGUCGAUGAGCUUUGUUCUCCUCCAGGAGGCGGCGUGCAGCACACCGUCCGGCCUGCAGCUCCAACAGAGACGUGACACAGUUUUCAGUCAAGCGUUGGCUGCACUAGCCUGUGGUUUUAUCAUGCGGCUGUACUCUGGAAUAGAGGAUAAAGGCUUCAUCAGGCAACUGCACACAGUGGGAGUGGUGGCCCAGUUCGAGAGCCUGCUCAGCACAUACAGUGAGGAGAUCGGAAUGCUGGAGGAUAUGGAGGUGGGAAUUUCUGAUCUACAGAGAGUCACUUUCAAAAUUACAGAGGCUGCAUCUGAUGACCCCAGCAAUCUGCAGCCUGUUGUUAUUGGCGGACGAGACCAUUUUACUGUAGAGAUACCGCUUCCACUCCAAUCCUUCCAGACGUUACCAGACGAAGUACGUCAGGGGAAGCUGCUGCACGUCUUCCCUGUGCUCUUCAACGUGGGCAUCAACGAACAGCAGACAAUCGCUGAGAGGUUUGGAGAUAUAUCCUUACAAGAGCGGAUAAAUCAGAAAAAUUUUGACAUCUUAGAGACAUACUAUAAGUCACUCAGCGACAGGAUUCCAUUAGAAUGCCUGCCUUCUUUUCAGAUGCAGCCAGAUGUUAAGGAGCUGCUUGAGACGCUGGGGCAGAACGUGGUGACCAAGAAAAGGAAGAAUGUGGAAAUUCUCUGGCUUGCAGGAGCGAUCUGUCGGCGGCUUAACGGCAUCCGAUUCACUAGCUGUAAAAGUGCUAAAGACAGGACGUCCAUGUCAGUGACACUGGAGCAAUGUGCCCUGCUGAGGGAUGAGCACCAGCUCCAUAAGGACUAUUUCGUCAGGGCAUUGGACUGCAUGCGCAGAGAAGGCUGCCGGAUUGAGAACGUGCAAAAGAAUAUAAAAUGCAGGAAGUAUGCAUUUAACAUGCUGCAGCUGAUGGCCUUCCCCAAGUACUACCGGCCGCCCGAGGGGACGUACGGGAAGGUGGACUCGUGAGACGACACGGAGACACGCCGGACUUUACUUCAUUUAGUCUUUCCUUUUUUUUUUUUAUUCUUCUGUAUUGAAAAUAAUGUUUGUUUUAAAGAAAAAAUGCAUGUACAUAUAUAUAUAUAUAUAUAUAUAUUAGUUUUUAUUAUUAUUUUUAAACUGUUCACUUAUUGUAAUUGUUAUAAGAGUGUUAUAAGAGUGUUAUUACAUCAUUGAGAUAAUUAAAGAUUGUUUUAAGAGUUGUUUUGUGAACUUGUUAAGAUUUGUGGAUUUUUUUUGUUUUGUUUAGUUUUUUUGUUAACAGAUUACACUGUUACAUACACUAAAGACUAAUUUUAUUAUUAUUAUUAUUAUUAUUAUUAUUAUUAUUAUUAUUAUUAUUAUUUUAUUUUUUUUUAAACACCAGGGCUUGACAAAAUGUUUGUAUCAAUGCAUCUGUUUCUCGUUUCUUUUAUUUGCACAUGUGUAUUACAUUGUGUACAUAGAGUAUGAAGUUUCCAAGCCACACACUCAGAGUGGGCAAAUCGUCCACUUAGAUCAUUUUUUUCUACAGUGUGCAAUACACUUGGGUGAUCAAGAAUUGUUGAGUAAAUACAAAGUCAAACAAACGA